CAGUGCUGCAUGGAGUGGGUGCCCCUUCAGAGCACCAGGACUGAGCUCCGGGCCCCCCCUGCGCCCUCCACCACCCCACCAUGCCUCUGGUGUGGCUGCCGGACUGGAGCUGCUCCCUGGACGGGCUGCGGGAUUUCAUCGCCGCUGGCAUCCAGUCGUUCCGGGACUGCGACGGCGGCGCGCUGCUGGCCGUGGGCUGCCUGCUGCUGCUCUUUGUCUGGUACUGCUACCACGUGGGCCGCGAGCAGCCCCGCGCCUCCCCCGUCAACGCGUUGAUGCAGGGCGCCGAGGCCAACGGCGUGCAGAACGGCUUCGUCUAUUGCCACGCGCCCGAGUGCGCACGCUGCUCGCCCCACGAUGGCCUCAACCAGAAGCUCUACCACAACCUGCAGGAGUACGCCAAGCGCUACUCGUGGUCCGGCAUGGGCAGGAUCCACAAGGGCAUCCGUGAGCAGGGCCGCUACCUCAACAGCCGGCCCUCCAUCCAGAAGCCGGAGGUGUUCUUCCUGCCCGACCUGCCCACCACCCCCUACUUCUCGCGGGACGCUCAGAAGCACGACGUAGAGGUGCUGGAGCGCAACUUCCAGACCAUCCUGUGCGAGUUUGAGAGCCUCUACAAAGCGUUCUCAAACUGCAGCCUCCCGCAAGGAUGGAAAAUGAACAGCACGCCCAGCGGGGAGUGGUUCACCUUCUACCUGGUGAACCAGGGCAUGUGCGUGCCCAGGAACUGCAGGAGAUGCCCACGGACGUACCGCUUGCUCGGCAGCCUUCGCACCUGCAUUGGCAACAAUGUCUUUGGGAACGCUUGCAUCUCCGUGCUGAGCCCGGGCACCGUCAUCGCCGAGCACUACGGCCCCACCAACAUCCGCAUCCGCUGCCACCUGGGUCUGAAGACCCCCAGCAAUUGCGAGCUGGUGGUGGGGGGUGAGCCACAGUGCUGGGCUGAGGGUCGCUGCCUGCUCUUUGAUGACUCCUUCCUGCACACCGCCUUUCAUGAAGGUCCCCCAGAGGAGGGUCCCCGUGUGGUCUUCAUGGUGGACCUGUGGCAUCCCAACGUGGCAGCUGCCGAGCGCCAGGCACUGGAUUUCAUCUUUGCCCCAGGACGCUGAGAUCACUGCCGCGCUGUCAGGGUGAUGGCACCACAGCUCCAGCACCGCCUGUGGACGCUGCCCAGGGCAGGGGCUUCCUCACAGUGCCGGGAUCUCCUCCUGUGGGUCUUGUAAAUGGAACCUUCGACGUGUAUCUGCGGCAUCUCUUUCCUUCCAUCAAGGCUUCAGGGAUUAUUUUCCACCAUGGCGGCGCGUUGCGUUCCCUCCGUGGUUAGAUGCAGUCCCACUCCCAUCCGUGUUAUGUUGCUCGUGUUUUGCAGUGUUCAAAAGUAGAGUUACAAGGGUGUUUGUUUGAAUGUAAUAAUGUAAAGUUUCCUGUGGUCACCAAAAGGACAACGCUCACAUGCCCAAGACAGCAAAGGGGGGGGCGAAGUGCUGCGUUCAGCCUGACCCUGCCCAGCUUGCAGCCCCCGUGCUGACAGAUGGAUGGACAGACAGAGGGCAGAGGGCUGCAGUGGCACCACAAUGGGACAGCACCCCACAGGAUGGUACCGUGAUGCCCGCUGGCUUGGCUUCCCAUUGCCCAGGCAGCACUCCCACCCUGCUGAAGGGAUGGUGCACGGCCAGCCCUGCUCUGUAACCUCACCUGAGGCGUUACCAAUGCCUAAAUGUCCUCCCCCUGCUUUACCUGCAACCCUUGGUUUUCACAAGUCGAAGCCGGGAUGCCCGCAGGGGCAGGUGGCAGUUCAGAGGGACUCUGGUUUGCCGCAGAGAGGGCAGAGAGGAGUGGCAGCCAGCCCUCCUGCUGCUGCUCAUCCCCAUCCCACAGCCAGGGCUGGGAUGCAGUGCCCACGCUGCUGAGAGCACAGCAAAGGUUUCCAGGCUCAGCAUCACCCUCCUCCCAGCCCUUCCUAGGGAUACAACACCACUCGAGAACGAUUUCUUUACAGAUUUUUCAGAUUGCAAGAUAAGGCAGAGAUUUCAAAUACAUCCGAGAUAUUUUUUACACCUGUCUUGUUACAGAAUAUCUGAAGUGCAUGAUUUCUACACGCAUUGAUUAUUUGGAAAGAG